GUGUUUGUAUUGUGAUUGUGUUGUGUUUCCCGUGUUUGUUUUGAUUGUUGUGUUUCCUGUGGGAUGUUCGUCACGUUUUGAAAAUUUGGUGAUCACGUGACGCGGCAGGUGUGGCGGUGACGCGGCGCUCGCAAGUCACACAAGGCGCCCUCUACACACCUUCCAGGAGCUGAGAGACCUUCCAGACGCUCUUCCAGACAUCAAUAACCUUCCAUAAACCUCCUAGACACUCUUUUAUACAUCCAAAACCUUCCAUACAACUUCCAGACGCCCUUCUAUAAUUCCAUAGUUUUCCAUACAUCUCCCAGACACUUUUUUUUACUUCCAUAACCAUCCAUACAGCUUCUAGACGUUACAAGAGCUUCCAGAGACCUUCCUAUACAUCCAUAACCUUCCAUACAGCUUCAAGGCCUAAGAGAUUUUCCAGGUCCACUUCUAUACAUCCAAAAACCUUCCAUACAGUCUACAAGGGGUCUUCUAUACAUUCAAAACCUUCCAUACAGCUUCCAGAGCCUAAGAGACCCUCCAGAUCCUCUUUCCAUAUUUCCAUAACCUUCCAGUAACGUUCUAUAUACCUUCCAGACCUUACAAUACGCUCCACCAACCGUCCUUACCUUCAAGACCUUGCAGUGUUCACCCUAGACACUUUCAGAUAGCCUAACCCCCCCCCCUCUCUCUCUCUCUCUCUCUCUCUCUCUCUUUCUCCGAGUAGAACAGAGAGAGCGAGAGAGAGCUCAAGGGGAAAUUAUCGAAGGGAAAGCAGGAAACAGGAAGACUUUGUGAGAGGAAAAGGAGAGAGGGAGUGUCUGUCUGUCUGUCUGUCUGUCUCUUUGUGUCUAGUUGGCUGUCUGUCUGUCUGUUUGUUUGUGCGUCUGCUGUCACCCUGUCUGUCGGUAUGUCUGUUUGCCUCAUACACACAAUGAGGCAAAUUUUGAGGUGUGUAUACUCAUACUCAUCCAGAUUAGGGGUACUAGCAGCCCUCACACUCCUAUUGCUAGUAAGUUUGGUACUGAAGACACACCGGGGGCCUCUUCAACCGUCUGGGCCCCGGGGAGACCUCAACACCCUUUAAAGGAAUCGGAUCGCCUUAAAGAGGGUUGGAUUCAGAGUAUAAGGGAUUCAGGCGAGGAAAUAGUGCUGCAGGAUCCCAUGAGAGAGAGUGAAGGUGACAAGGAGUGUUCUGUGCUGCCCGGAUGCCCCUCAACACCUCCUGGUCUGUUGGGGCGGCUGCAGGUGGAGGAGCAGGUGGAGGAAGCGGAGGCGGAGCGGCGUGUGAGAGGCGUGCGGCAAGGCGGGUUCUGGUGGCCUGUGGUGUGUGAGGCGAGGUGGCGUGUGGCUAUUAUUGUGCCCUACCGUGACCGCGCCAGUCAGAUCGGACCCUUCCUGAACCACAUGCACCCGUUCCUGCAGCGACAGCAGCUUAACUACUCCAUAUACUUUGUGGAACAGCAAGGCACGGAUCUGUUCAACCGCGCGCGUCUCCUCAACGUGGGCUUCCUGGAGGCUAAGAAGGAGGGGCCCUGGGACUGCUACGCCUUCCACGACAUCGACAUGCUGCCUCUCAACGACCUGCAUCUCUACCACUGCUCGCCCCAGCCACGCCACCUCGCCGUCGCGCCCUCCAGCCACAAAUAUAAGUCAGCUCACCACAUGCCUUACAAGCAGUACUUCGGAGGCGCUUGCAUGAUGACGGAGGGACACCUGAGGAAAGUGAACGGCUGGAGCAACAUCUACUGGGGCUGGGGCGGCGAGGACGAUGACAUGUACAGACGCAUGCAGCUGACUGACUUGGCGGUGUGGCGCUACCCGGCCCGCUACGCCCUGUACAAGAUGAUAACACACAAACCACAGAAGAUCAACCCCAAUAGGUACCAGAUUCUACAGAGGAACACAGGCAGGUACCCCAAAGACGGACUGAGUACAAUUAACUACACCAUCAAGAGCACUAUUAGAAAGCCACUAUAUACUCACCUACUAGCGGAUGUGGGCUCCAGUGAUGCUCCGGCAGUGAAGGAGGAAGUGUAGCUGCUUCGCCCUCCACCUCCUCCUUCCUCCUCUCCUCCUCCUCCUUCGUUUUUUACCUGAUGAGAGAAAGAAAUGUGAGUGAAUGAGAUAGUGUGUGUGUGUGUG